CAGGACCCCAGCAGCGCUCUAGCGGCAUUGGACGAUGCCAUUAGGCUUGGAGUCCGUGGCGUGGUUUUGCACGGAGAGGACGCCAAGGACGCCGCGGAGGCCUUGGCGGAGUGCCGCUCUGCAGGCCUGGUGGCCUUCACAGUGGAUCUGCUGCAAGCGGUUCAGCCAGGCACCGGCUUUCCUGUGGCACCGCUGGACUGAGCCGCUGGAAAAAAAGACCUCUCUUCUCAGCGAAAUGUCGAAAGAGACGUUCAAAAGUCGAAGCCCUUGGUGGCAGGUCGUAGAUGUCCUGCGGAUCUACUGGGCGUUGUUGCUUGGGAACAUCCUCGAAUGGUACGAGUAUGCGAUCUUCAGCUUUCUUGAGCCCUACUUUCAGAGCCAUUUCUUCCACGGCUCCGCCGUGUCCACCUGGUUGGGCUUCUCGGUGACCUUCGUGGCACGACCCUUCGGGGGCCUGGUGCUUGGGGUGGUGGGCGACAUCUUCGGGCGCAAGGUGAGCACCUUCCUGUCCAUCUUUGGAAUGAUGGUGGGCACGGUUGGUCAAGGCUUGCUCCCCACCUACAAACACGGAGACGUCGCCGGAACGAUUGGACUAGUACUGCUGGUCCUCUUGCGCCUUUUACAGGGAAUCUGCACUGGUGGAGAGAUUGCAUCCGUGACGACCUACAUCACGGAAGUCGGUGCCAAAGAAUCUCUCUGCAGAUCGAUGAUGUUGGUCGGGAUCACUUGCAACAUUGGAUUCCUGCUGGCUCAGAGUGCCAGCUAUGGCUUGGAACUGCUUGGCAAGGAGAACAUGGAAGACUGGGGCUGGCGCAUUCCAUUUGUGAUUGCCAUCAUCCCUGGCACCAUUGCAACGCUUGGCCGGCGCUGCAUGCCCGAAUCGGAUGAAUUCUUGGAGGGCCGUGCGCGGGGACAAGCGGCAGCACAAACUGAUGAAUCGGAGGCGAGCGAGUCUCAAAUCUCCGACACAGCGAAAGGAGGCACCGGGGAAGCUUGCAGAAAGAUGAAGCAUUUGAUCAGCGGGCUCUGGGCCAAGCUGCUGGUUGGAAUUGGUGCUGUGGUGGCCGCCUCGGUGUUGCAGUAUGGCGGGCUCAUUUGGUGCAGCGUACUGCUACAGAAGAAGGGCACAGAUCCGCCAAUUCUCUUGGCCGCAGGUAUUACUGCCCGUAUCUUAUCCAUACUCUUGGUGCCAGCUGUGUCAUGGCUUGCAGACACGCAGGGAAUUGCAUGGAUUCUCUUCCUGGGCUCUUCACUGCUUGCUCUGCUGGGCGCGCCCCUGUACAUGGUUAUGACAACCUACUUCAACAGCUUCGAAGCGGUGGUGGCCAGCUACGGCCUAGGUUAUGGCUUUAUCUUCACCUUCGUCGGCAUGAUUUUCUUCGUCUACGUCUGUGAGCUGUUUCCGGUGGAAAUUCGCAAUGCAGGAGUGGGUUUGAGCUACAACAUCGGCUUGUGCUGCUUCGGAGGCUUUGCGCCCAUGAUUUUUGAGGCAGCCAUUGAACACAACACCUGGGCACCUGGAUGUUUGCUGUCCCUGGCUGGCUUGGCUACGACGGCUUCGGUCACCGUGAGUUUGUUGUUGCAGAGGAGGGGGAAGAUGCAGCUCACACACAUCAGGCCGGAACCUUACUUCUCCCCCUGCGGAGUUCCAAAGAAAGUCCCUAAAAAAAUUGCGAGCAGUGAGCUUGGCAUAGAGCGGAUAAUCCCUGAAGUACAGAUGUAGCAGGUGAAAAGCCCUGAGAAAUGCGAAGAACUAGGCAUUUGAAGGGAACAACUCUGGAGCGAUAGCGUUUUAAAGCCUCUGUGAAGAUAUGUGAAGAUCAAAAGCGAGCCUUUUGACCCUGCAUGGCCCAACUUUUUGGGCUGUCCCAUUUGUCCCAUGCUGCUGCUUCUCCUGUAAACAAUGCAGAAAGCAGAGGGUGAAACUGGCCUUGAGCUGGUGGCCAUGAGUGCCGCCGUUUGUACAGUUUGCAGUGUGCAAAGUACUGGUCAACGGACCUGGAAACGGAAUUGGUCAUGGAAGAGGUGAAGAAGUCGAAUUGAAAGGGGUCUCGAGGUCUCAAGUUCCGUUUCCAGUUUGGCUACCUGUCAGACCGCAUGGUUUAAAUGGCUCCGUUCCGAAAAGGGAGAAAAUGAUCCGAUGAUCCCUUGACUAAUUCGAUUCGGAAUGAUUCGGAGAUCAGCGCUGCACAGACAUGCGCUUAAAAAGGCAGGGCCUGAUGAGGAAGGUUUCAAUGAUUUCAACGACAAGUCUGAAGGACAAGCGGAGGACAC